AUGGUGGAUAGACUCGUAAACAGUGAAGUGAACGCACGACGAGUUGCUAAUGUGGAGCAAUGUUUUGGAAAAAUGGCCAAACCAUUAACUAUAAAGAAUGGAUGGAUUGUGAAAACUCCAGAGAAAUCUUUUGCUGUUUACGCAGCUUCGCCGAAGGAGAAAAAAGAAUGGAUGAUUCAUAUAGAACGUUGUGUCGCCGAUCUAUUGGAGAAAGGUAAUAAGCGACCAGCAAAGGAACAUGCAGCUGUUUGGAUUCCGGAUGGUGAAGCAGCUCGCUGUAUGGCUUGUGGGCGCACACAGUUUAACCUUGUACAAAGAAGACAUCAUUGCCGUGCUUGUGGUCGUGUUAUUUGCGGUGCAUGUUCAACGCAUUCCUAUCGCAUUGAUAGUUUGAACAAGAAACCAGUUCGCGUUUGUGAUAUGUGCUUCACUCGCUUGACUGGUGUAACUGAUGAUAAGGCCUCUAGACAAGCAAGUGAUGUACAAAGCAGUCGAGAAGCUCCUCUACCUCCCCCUAAACCAAGCGCAAUCGAGUUGGAUUACGAUGGUGACUCAUCGUCAGAGACUGAUGAGGAAACAAGCAGAGAUGAUCAUUCUAUGAGGGCUACUUCGCCGACGUUUUAUCGCGAGGAGGUUGGCCAGUAA